AUGGAGGAAAAUAGAAGUACAGGUUUACAAUCACGUAUACCAACUUCUACAAAAUCAUUGUCGCCAGCGCGCAAUGGAAUAAAGGAAUUUGACUCUCAUAUCCCUCCUCCAUCGGUAAAAACCAAUUUAUCAUCUCGUAUUCUGAAACCAAGAGCAUCCCUUUCUACAUUGAUCAAUGAAGCAAAUCUAAUAAAGCCAACCAAAUUGCCUAGCAAGAUGGCUCCUCCAGCAAGUGCUGGAAAGACGUCUCUUCCUGCUAUAAAGACAAGAGCUCCUGCUUCUUCGGGAAGACCAAAUGCCUCUAGACCAGUGGGAAACUCAGUGUAUAAGCGUUCCGUUUCAGCAUCUUCUCAUUUACAAAAACCUGCAAGUAUCCCACCAACUUCGAGAAGUAGUAUGGAUGAAACAAAAAGUUUCUCGGAUGAAAGCAUGACCACCUACUCGGAUGAGAGAACUGAGCCUUCUCCGAUUACAGAUAACUCUACUGAAGCUCGUCUUAGAAGCAUAGAGCUUGCUUAUUCCACUCUUUCUGAGAAAGUUUUACAAACAUCUACUCAGUCCCCUGAUGUAAAAGAUUUUUUUAGCCAACGUACUCAAAUGCUUGAAGAAUCUCUACAAAAUGAAAGAAGCCGAUCAUUGAGUUUACAAAAUGACUACUCGACUCUUCUUCGUGAAGUGGCAGAGCAUGAAGCCAACCAGAUUUAUUCCAAAAAGCAAAUGGAAACUUUGAAAGAAGUUUUUGAAGGUACGGAGCGAGAGCAUCAUCGUCAAAUCGAAGAUAUGGAAAUGAAUCAUGCAAGAGUAAUGGAAAAUGAGAGUUACAUCUAUCAGCAGAAACAACAAGAACGGGAGUUGCUAUAUACUGAAGAGCGCAACAAUUUACAACUUCAAUCGAAACAACGGAUGGAGGAAGUCGAAAAUCACUAUGAACAAUUAAUGAAAGGUGUCUCUGCUGAACAUGAAGCAGUGAUAAAAACCAUUACGGAAGAAAAGGACGCAUUUAUUAAAAAGGUACAGGAAGGUGCAUCGCUGGCUUUAAAGAAAACGACUGAGAAGCACGAGGCUACUAUACACGAGUUAGAGAUUAAGAUUAAACCUCUAGAAGAAAGCCGUGAUAAUUUUGCAUCUCAACUUGAACAAACUCAAAGUUCUUUGAAAUUGCAAAAAGACACAAGCACUUCUUUACAAGUGAGUCUUGAUGAAAGAAGCGCAGCACUCUUAAAAUCGGAAUCUAUGAAUCGUUCACUGGAAAGCACUAUUGUUGAAUUAGAAGGAAAAAACCAGAGUUUACAAAGUCGACUUUCUGAAGUGGAAUCACUUCUAGACGCUAGUAAUAGCGACAAACAGACUUUGAUCAACAAGCUUUUGAAAGAAGAAUCUGUGAGAAGGAAAUUACACAAUACGAUACAAGAAUUGAAGGGGAACAUCCGAGUAUUCUGCCGUGUCCGACCAUGCAUGGGAGAAGAAAAGCCAGCCGAAAUUAGUUACCCAGACCAAGGAGAAGACGCAAAUGAAAUAGAAGUGUUAACAGAAGGGACUGGCAGUUCUUUGAAUGGUAAUUCCCUAAAAAAGUAUCCAUUUAAGUUCGAUAGGGUUUUUGCACCAGACAUCAAUAAUGAGGAAAUUUUCGAUGAAAUUUCCCAGCUAAUACAAAGUGCUAUGGAUGGCUAUAAUGUUUGUAUCUUUGCCUAUGGACAGACCGGUUCUGGAAAAACGUACACGAUGUCUUCUCCCACGGGUAUGAUUCCAUGUGCAGUACAAAUGAUAUAUAAUCGAGCCUUUGGACUUCGCGAACGUGGAUGGGAGUAUCGCAUGGAAGGCCAAUUUCUCGAAAUCUACAACGAAAGCAUAAAAGAUUUGCUUGUAAGCAAUUCCAACGACGACGGCGACAAAAGAAGAUAUGAAAUCUACCAUGAUGCAAAAGAAGGAAAAACUUUUGUUACCAAUUUGACCCGUGAACCGUUGGAGAGCUCGGAGCAAGUGAGUUGGCUCUUAGAACAGUCUGCAAAGAAUCGAUUUGUGGCAGCGACAAAUGCCAACGAGCACUCUUCUAGAUCGCACUCUGUAUUUAUGCUUCACAUUCAAGGAAUAAACCACCUAACGGGCGAGAGAUGUCAUAGUACUUUGAAUUUGAUAGACUUGGCCGGAUCCGAACGGUUGUCACAUAGUCAAAGUACAGGAGAUCGACUAAAGGAAACACAAGCCAUUAACAAAAGCUUGAGUUGCUUGGGAGACGUAAUCCAUGCUUUAGGCAGCGAAAAAGAAGGGACGUACGUUCCAUAUCGAAAUUCCAAAUUGACAAAUUUACUUCAACAUUCAUUAGGAGGAAAUAGCAAAACAUUGAUGUUUGUCAACGUAUCCCCAGUUCAACAACACGUAUCGGAAACACUAUGCAGCUUGCGUUUCGCUACGAAGGUCAACAAUACCCAUAUUGGAACUGCCAGGCGUGUGAUGAAAUAA